AUGGGCAAAAUCUUCUCCGUCGCGCUCGCCGCACUAGCAGCCAUCUGCGGCGGACGGAGCCUCCGCCGCUUCAACCAUGGUCUGGCCUACCGGGAAGCCAGAAGUGACCGGUCCGGUGCCAGCGGGGAGGCGCGCGGCGCCUGGACAAGGAUUCUACCCAUCUCUCUCAGAAAUGUAAAGGUUGAGAGUCUCAUCAAUGAUGGCCAAAAGGGCCUGGUCUUGGGCACCCACCAGCUCGAGAACGAUCUCGACUAUCUUAAAGGCGCUGGCAUCGAGCUCUUGUCCGAGGCUGAUUCUCCGAAAGACGGCCAGGCUCGGGCCUUCGAUUUCUUGUUGGUCCCAAUUUUCGGCAAAUGUCCCUUGCGGACGGGCUUGUCCGGGACAAUGGUGGAGUGGUUCGACGGGAACUACCCGACACAUGGUCAAGAAUUUACGGUGUACAAUAUGGAGGAGAUGGAAGUGAGGAUGGAGGAUUAUGUUGUUUCUUGA